GACCCCCUCCAGAGUUCACAAUGCAUGCCGACGUUUUAGUACUUGGCUAUUGGUAGACAUGCAAGUGUAGCAGUCAGCUGUUAAUAGACUGUGUGAUAGUUUCGAUUUUGGUUCGGUCGCUGUGUGAAAUUUGUGGAGGCAGCGAACCCGUUGAACCAUUCGGCCCUGGAAUAAUCGCUAUCAACGGAAACAUCAGUAAGUUUCAACAGGAGAUACAUAUUACUUAUCAACAUGGAUGAAGUAUCGAGGGAAACCAAAAGCAUAGUAGACAAGGUUUUAAAGGACGUCGGAAAGGCAUCUGCUGCAAAACAACUUGUAAUUGGAACCGUCUCCGGAUGGUGUACUGGUUUUGUGACAAUGAAAGUUGGAAAAGCGGCAGCAGUUGCAGUUGGAGGUGGCAUUAUUUUGUUACAGAUUGCAAAUCAUAAAGGUUAUUUGAAAAUUAACUGGGAUAAAGUUCACAAAGAAGUAGAUAAACUUGCUGAUAAGGUAGAAGAAAAAGCUACAGGAGAUGGUCCCAAAUUCUUGGACAAGAUGGAACGACUGGUCGAUCGAAAUAUUGAUAAGGCUGAAGAGUUAUUGAAGAACAAGCAGCGCAAAGCAAAGCGUUGGUACCAUAGUUUUAUUGGUGAUGAAGACUAUUUCCAGGUUCAAGAAAUUCAUAUUUUCCUUGCUUCAUUUGUUUUGGGUUUUUCGGUUGGAAUUGUGACAGCCUCCUGAAUCGAAUGAAAAGGAAGAGCAUUCAUGUAGAUUACUGUAAUUUAAGGCAUUUUACUAAACUUGAGUUAUUUAUUUCUGUAAUGAAGAGGUAAUAGUGAGUAGAACUGGAUUUUUCGUGACUGAUAAGAGCUUUAAGGCAGACUGUAGAAUCUCAUAAAUGAAUUAUACAAGAGGUAUAUGUCAGACUGGUUUUUCCAGGUGAUGUGGCUGGAGUAUGCUUUGUGUAAUUUAUUUCAAGAUAACACACCUAAUUUUUGUCACCUUAUAAAUUAUUAUUUAUUAAACGUAAGGUACCUAAUAAGUUCCCUAUGACUGAUAAUUUGAAAGUAUUAACUGUUCACACAAUUGAUAUGUGAUAUAGUAUAGAUUGUAUGCAAUAAAUAUUGUGUAGUAAUAAAUGAUAUUGUGUUUUGACAA